AUGGCCGACGCCCGGCCCCUCGUCGGGGCCGGCGCGGCCCGGCGCCCCGCGCGGCGGAGGUCCGUCGCCGCCGUCUGCGCCGUCGCCGCGGCGCUCUGCGGCGGCGCCGGCGUCGCCUUCACCGGCGGCGCGCCGUCGAUGGGCAGCCUCGCGGCGUCGACGUCCGGCACGCAGAAGACGCGGGGCGGCACGAAGAGCGGCGCGGGCGGCGCCGUGGCGACGAGCGCGGCGCCGAGCUCGUCGCCCGAGGUGCGCGCGAGCCGCGUCGUCGACGCCGGGUCCACGGUCAGGUCGAGCGAGAUCUACCCGUUCCUCGCGGCGUCCGGCGCCGCGCUCGUCGAGCCGCACGUCGAGACGAACCUGACGGUCCACGGCGCGCCGGACGAGGCGUCCGCGGACCCGGAGACCUGGGCCUGGACCGUCGUCCAGCAGAACGACAUGGGCGAGUCGUCCGCGGUGCUCCAGCUGGGCGAGUACGUCGGCCGCUUCGGCUCGACGUCCAUCGUGCUCGUCUUCCACAGCGUCGGGUCCUACGUGGCGACGGCGCGCUGGCUCGGCGACGUGUCGACGCACGUCGCCGCGGAGGCGAACCUCAUCUGCCGCUACGUGCGGCGCAACGUCCGCGCGCUGAGCGAGUCCGAGCGGACGCGGUACCUCGACGGCUUCCAGACCUUGCUCCGCGUCAACGGCACGGCGGGCCGGCGCAGCUUCGGCGCGGGCUACGUGAGCGCCCACGAGCUCACGGCCGUCCAUUUGAGGGAAGCGGGCCAGCGCCUGGGGGACCACAUGCACGACGGCGUGGGCUUCCUCACGCAGCACGUCGCGCUGACGUCCGCGUUCGAGACGUCGCUGCAGACCAUCGACGCGUCCCUGGCCGUGCCCUACUGGGACUUCACGGAGGACCGGUCCGCGGCGUCGACCCUCGAGGACCUCUUCGACCCGGCGAAGAACGACGUCUGGCGCGCGGACUGGUUCGGCUCCGCGACGGGCUCGAACCACGCGGUCGCGGAGGGCCGCUUCGCCUACCAGCGCGUGCCCGCGGCGAGCGACGUCGCCUCGUCGGUGCAGAACCCCUUUGGCUUGUUGCGCGCCCCCUGGAACGUGAACAAGUCGCCCUUCGUGACGCGCGCGCACGCGUUCUGCGACGCGACGUUCGCCCUCGACGACUGGCCGUCGUGCGCGACGCACUACGACCUCGCCUUCAGCGACGCGACGGCGUCCUGGUACGGCUUCGCCAACGCGGCGUCCUAUGCGCCCCACGGGGGCGUCCACUUCAUGGUCGGCGGCUACGACAACUGCGGCGACGUCCACGCGCGGCUGGACGACGUCAUCACGCCGCUCGGCGUCGGGUCGCUGGAGCUGGCGCUUCUCCAGGUGCCGAAGAACCUCUGGCGCAACAUGCUCGCCGAGGUGCCGGAGUCGUGCGCGUCGGACGCGCCGCAGGCCGCGUGCCACCUCCGGUGCGUCGAGAACGCCGCGAACGCGUCCUUCGAGGAGCGCGCGUUCUUCUCGCGGGGCAUGGACCGCGACUACGGUUCCUGGCUGGACGACCUGAACGCGACGGGCUGGGCGCGCGUGCUGGAGGUGCUCUGCACGACGCCGUGGUCGCCGGGCGAGCAGGUCGAGGCCGCGAGCCCGCUCGACGUGUCGUUCUGGCCCAUCCACCCGACGCUCGACCGGCUGACCCAGUACCGGCGCCUGGUGAAGCCCUUCGACGGCAACGCGUCCGACGCGUCGUGGCUCGGGUCCUCGGACCACUCCGCGUACUGCUCGACGCCCAAGCCCGACUACGAGUGCCACGGCCACCACCCCUGGGACCUCACCGUCUUCCAGACGGACCACUACGACGCCGGCAGCGGCCGCUUCGUGCGCCGCUUCGCGACGAACGCGGAGAUCUUCGAGUACUCGAACCCGAGCGACUACAAGCUCCCGUACGUCUACGACUCCUUCGAGUGGCCCCACUGCGAGGCCGACGGCGUCGUCUUCCCCAAGCCCCGCGCCCAGUCGUCAUCGUCGUAA